UUAUUGAUUGCAGCGACCAACGCAAAUAAGGCCUGCUUAAAAUCUCGCGAUUGUCCCUGCACCAUGGUGGCAGUCGGUGGUGAUGUCAAGGUUUACACGGUCAAUGGCGCGGUGGCUGGUUCUUCGUCAUCCAUCCCUGAUUGGAUCACCCGGAAACGUGCAACGAAAACAAAAGGAAAACGUGCUUUGAAGGAGAGAGAGGAAGGACAGGUUGAACUCAUACAGGGCUUCGAAUUUCCUGAGGCGAGCCAUAAAAUCAGGACUACCAGAGACGGCCAUCAUGCAGUCGCAACAGGGACAUAUAAGCCCCAGAUGAGGGUAUGGGAUUUGGAUGAGUUGACAAUGAAGUUUGAACGGCAUACUGACGCAGACAAUGUCGAUUUUAUUAUUCUUUCUGAUGACUGGACGAAAACAAUACACCUCCAAAAUGACAGGUCAGUCGAACUGCACACGCAAGGCGGGUUUCACUAUCGUACGCGAAUACCCCGCUUCGGCCGAUCCCUCGCAUACCACUUCCCCUCUUGUGACGCUCUCGUCUCCGCAUCUUGCAAUGAAAUAUAUCGUUUGAAUCUGGAACAGGGUCGAUUUCUGAACCCUAUAGUGCUUGACUCUUCAGAAGACGAUUCAAUUCUAGGCGUAAACUGCAUAGACAUAAAUCCUGCCCAUCAACUCCUUGCGUUCGGUAUUGAUGGUUCCCCAAGUGUGCAAUUUUGGGACCCACGCUCGCGUUCAAGAGUUGGGCUGCUCAACCUUCCUAAAAGUCGGAUAUCGCAGUCCACAGGUCGUUCCGUGGUUUCUCUUCCCGGAGUUGACAAUGAAGAGUCGAAUUCUGGAUCCUUGGCCGUCACGGCAAUUGCGUCCAGGUCUGACGGUCUUUCCUACGCUAUAGCCACGUCUACGGGACAUACACUCCUUUAUGACAUACGGUCGCCUAAACCAUUUGCCUUCAAGGACCAAGGGUACGGGUUACCCAUAAAAAAUGUUAGCUGGAUGGAGGGGGGAAGCCGUAUGGCAGGUGACGGCAUGGUUCUCACCGCAGACAAAAAAGUUGUGAAAAUAUGGGAUCGAAAUACACCAUCAUCGAAUUUUGUGUCCAUCACACCAGCUACCGACCUUAAUGACAUCCAUCACAUCCCCGGAAGCGGUCUGCUUCUUACAGCAAAUGAAGGUAUACAAAUGGCGACCUAUUAUAUCCCACAAUUGGGACCAGCGCCACGCUGGGCAACUUUCUUGGAGAACAUUACCGAGGAAAUGGAAGACCAAAGUACACGGAACGUGUACGAAGACUACAAAUUCAUUGAACGGAACGAAUUGCAGGCACUUGGCCUGGAUCAUCUAAUUGGAACACCUGUGCUGAAACCGUACAUGCACGGCUACUUCCUGUCUCUUAAACUUUACGAUACUGCGCGCGUCAUUGCUAAUCCAUUCGCAUAUGCCGAACAUCGCGAAAAACUUAUCAAGGAGCGCAUGGAUAAGUUGGCCGACUCGAGAAUUCGCACUCGCAAGGAUGCCGCUGCCGCUGCGGUUAAAGUCAACAAAGCCCUGGCACAAAAGAUCCAAAAAGAUGCGGAGAAGGAAAAAACGAAGAAGGAAAAGAAGCGAGCCAGGAAGGUCAAACAAGCAGGCGAAGAAGUGGAUGACGCUAUGGCUGUAGAUGACGAACUAAUCGAUGAGCAACCGGUGACACUUCUUAAUGAUCCUCGCUUCAAAGAGCUGUUCGAGAAUCCCGAGUUUGCUGUAGAUGAGUACAGCAGAGAGUUUGCUCUCCUCAAUCCUUCGGCAGCUGCACAAAAGAGAAGCGGAGCUGAAUCGGCCAAGACAGUUGUGGAAGAGGAAGAAGAGGAGAGCCACGAAUCUUCCUCUGAUGGUCUCAGUGAAAGUACAGAGGAUGAGAGUAGUGAAGAUAGCUCUGACGCCGGAGAGCUCACUAAAUUCGAUCCUCGAACUAGACCUGGACAGAAAAAUGCACGCGCUGAACAACAACACGCGCGAACCCGCGAGGCAAAUCGCCGACGGACUCCUAACAUCAAGCUUGUUCCGCUUGUUCCUCAUGUGAAUGCAGCGGUGGCAAAACUGGGCAACAAAGAUGCAACUUUCGGUCAGCGCUUGGCUUCCCGACAGACGACUACAGAUACCGGGAAGUCCGCGGACGUCAAGACCAGUGCAGUCGGUGGGAUGGAGAUGAGUUUUAUACCUUCAUCGUCUGGAACUGUGGACCAGCCAAGACCUACUAAGAAAAAAGGUGCAAGAAAGGGGGUAGAAUUGUUGGGUGCGACCUUGGAACGAGGUGGCGAGGAACCACUGAAAGAGUUGAAAGAGAAUGAAAAGAGAGGGCGUGUUCAUCGUAGACAUGGCCAACGCAGCGGCAGCAAGAAUACUUUCAGGAUGCUUUCAGGAUAGUGGGUGGACCGAUGCUAUCCCCGCAUUAUGUGUUGCUACUUGCUAGGUCACAUCCGGAAUUCCUGCUGCAAUUUCCAAAGCGAUGGGCACACCUGCCCUUAGGAGUACGCAGUGAUUUAUUCAGAAGCUUAGCAUUUUGAGUGGAAAGGGGAGUAAUGGUGAUUUGGGAGAAAGAAAAAUGACAACAACCUAUCGCAGUGGACGCUGCAAAAAAAGCGCAAUCCCAUGGUCUACAAUAGGUUGGGUCGCACUUCCUAUUUGAACAACAGAUAUUUCUUCAUUAAUGGCCGUAACAUGGGAACAGGAACGAACGAUAUUAACCUACGAGUAUAACCUAACGCAAGAACUACCACUACGUAGCAGAAAAGGCAAUCGUUGA